AUGGCCACAAAGUUGCCCAUAGAUGGCUAUAAGUUAUACGAAUUUAUUCCGACAACUUUUACAGCCGUAUCGAGAAACUCAGAAGGACUUAUAGCUGCCGCCAGAUCGGAUGGAAAGGUGCUCUCGCUCGCUGUGGACGAAGAAAAACGUGAAGUAAUUGCAGUCGGGGAUUCGCUUGGCAAAGUUCAUCUGAUAAGCAUAAUUUCGGGUAGUGUUUUCUCGACGUUUUGCUUGGACACUGAGUUGUCUCCAUCACCGACCGUCGUUUGGUGUCUUCUCUUUGUUGGUGGUGUCCUCUUUUCCGGAGACAGCAAAGGACAUGUUAGCUUGUGGAACGUCGAGAUCGGUGGAAUGAUAUGCAAUUUUGCAAGUCACAACGCAGAUGUCCUUGCUUUAGCCGCCAGUCCGGAUGGCAUGUCCGUUUUUGCUGGCGGUGUGGACCCUAUAAUCCGACGUUUUGACUUCUCGUACUCUGGCUCUACUGCUCGGUGGCAAGCAGGUGGCCUCAUACACGGCUGCCUACGCGAUAUUCACGGCCUGGUCUAUAUUCCCCGCAGCAAGGCCAGUGACCUGGUUGACGGUGGCCUGCGUCAAGUCGACCGUCUCUUGGCCGUAGGCGAUGAUGCACGCCUAAACCUCCUCGCUUGCUCUUCCACCUCAGACCUUGGCGUGAAUGCACCCGUGCGGGCCCAGAAGACCCCGGCCGCUCAAGUUGGUCAGCCACGUGGGGAGAAGUCUCCCCGUAUUGCCAGCGUCGCCGCUCUACCUCUUUGGCCGCUCAGUGUGGCACCAUGCCUGCCGGUGGCCAUGCAGUUUGCUAAGGAGACCUUUCUAGCAAAUAGUGGCGGCGGCCCCCCACCACGACUCUGUCUUCUGCAAUACGCCGACCAUAUGAGUCUUUUCCACUUCCCGCGAAAGCCGCAAACGUUUUUCAAAAAGUUAGACGAAGUCAGUGACGCGAAGAACCGAAAUAUUAUUUGUCUGGCAGAAAUUCGACCACGUCGUGGACAACAGGUUCUCACCUGUGCCAUAUCUCCAUGUGGGCGCUUCAUUGCCUACUCUGACACGAUUCGCUCGCGUGUACUCAAAGUUGCUCAUCCGGUUAGUAUUUUAAAAUGUGCACGUUAUGGCCACACAUCGUAUUUGCUGUAA